ACUACUUCCUCUGAAGGUUUAGUAGGAGUUUUUCUCCUCGAAUCAAUAGUUCCGCAGUUCCGUUACUUAAAUAUUCUCAUCUUUCUUCAAUUUAUUCCUUUUGAUUACCUUUUUUAAGGAAAAGGCCUUGGUAAUGGCUAUUCCAGUGCAACCUCAACCGGUUCAACAGCCGAAAUCUUGGGAACUAAGUUUGUAUGAGCUUCAUCGCACUCCACAGGAAGCCAUCACUGAUGGAACAGAGAUUUCUAUUUCACCUCGCAGCCUACACAGUGAACUGAUGUGUCCUAUUUGCUUAGACAUGCUAAAAAAUACAAUGACAACCAAAGAGUGCCUACACAGAUUUUGCCAAGAGUGUAUCAUCACUGCCCUGAGAAGUGGGAACAAGGAAUGCCCCACAUGUAGAAAAAAGUUGAUUUCCAAACGCUCUUUGCGACCAGAUCCUAAUUUUGAUGCUCUCAUUGCCAAGAUUUACCCAGACAGAGAUGAAUAUGAAGCACAUCAGGAAAAAGUUUUACAGAGAUUGAACAAACAUCAUAACCAACAAGCUUUGACAAGCAGUAUCGAAGAGGGACUUAAACUACAAGCAAUCAACAGAGCACAAAGAGUGAGGAAAAGAUCAUCAGAUGAUCCAUCACCAGUAGCAGGAUCAGGAGCCCCUGGAACACCAGGUCCUACUGGCCAACCAGCUGCCGGAGAAGGAGGUAGUAAUGUGGUACGAAAGCGGCAGAAGACUUCAUCAGAUCCUGAGUCAGAUGCAAGUGAAAAUACCCUAGACUCUACUGGAGAAGCUGCAGCCGAAACAUCAGAGCCUGCUAAUGAAAUAGAAUUGGUGUUUAAACCUCACCCCAAGGAUCAUGACCCAGAGACAGUAGCCCAACAAACACGCUACAUUAAAACCACAGCUAAUGCUUCAGUUGACCAUCUUGCCAAGUACUUAGCAAUGAGACUUGCCCUCGAGUCACAACAAGAAGAUGGAGGUGCUAACCCUUCUGAGGAGAGUAGUGAAGCUACACAGUUCACAAUAUACAUUGCUAGCAUGCCGGGACAGUACACUCCUCUUCCUGGGUCAAUGAUAUUGGAUUUUGUGAAUGAGAAGUAUUGGAAAGUCAACAAGCCAUUAGAGAUGUACUAUGCCUUGAACAAACCACAAAGCUGAUUUGUCAUAUGGACUUUGAUGGCUCCAUUUUUUUCCAGAUUUUAUCAACAACAAAAUGUGCUUGCUACAGUUGUAUAUACCUUAGAACAAUGAUUUAUAUACCAAGCAUCUUGUUACUUCUCAUAUGUUCUUCUGUUCCUUAACUAAGAGGAUUGCAAGCUCCAGAUGAUCUUUUGUGGCCAAAUACUUGUCACACUAACUGCUGCUGCUAUGUUAUUUGAAUAAAAAUUGAUUCUUAUUGUAUGCUGUACAAUGUAGCUGUGUGCUGUAAUAUUUAUUCAGGUACAAGACAUGGUUAGUGUUAGUAAUGCUGUAAAUUUGAUAUUUUAAGUUCUCUUUUUGUUAAAUACAUGUAGUAUUAGUGAGGUUCUGGUGACCUCUAAUCACUUUAUCUUGAAUGCUUUGAGAAUUCUGUUUCGUAAACAUGCAAUACCAUUGUUAGAAAAUUUUUCAACAUUCAUUAGUCACUGAUAAAUCAUGUUUCAAUUACUAAGGUGUAAGUGCUGUAAUAAGUCAUUUUUUGUUUGUAUUUUCACCUUUCAAAGAUGUCUUCCCAUUACUAUUAAUCAUUGUUCAUUUAGAAAUAGAUUGUUAGAUAACCUGGCAGUCUUUAGCCUGUGAGUUCCCAUUAAAUUUUUUUAUGAGGGAUACAGACUUGGAGCAAUCCCCUCUUGCACAUUUUGUCAUUCAUUGUGAGCCCUUCUCAUUCCUUUCACCUUUUAAGACAUUUAAAGCUGUGUUAUAUCUUGUCAUUUUUCUUGAGUUUGUCAAAUUAAAAGGUUCCAUUAACCUCUACAAAGAAAGUACUUUUUAGUGAACAAAUAAGAUUUACUCUUUGAUGUUUCAUCUCCUUCUUUUUCCAUUUAUUGUUGUAUGAUAAUGUUUUAUGAAUCAUUGUGGGUGUUAAACGAAGAAAACUAAUUAGAGCCAA